AUGAGGACCAAGGCAUGUCCACAUCGGAAACCAGAGCUUCUGGGACCAUGGUUGUGCCCUCGAGUUCCAUCACCAGGGACAGAGGGGUUAAAAGCAGUCUCGGUUUGGGAAGGGAUCCUGCACUGCAGAGUGGCCCUGGCCCCUCCGGAUUCCUGCCACCAGCAAGGCCAGGGAGGGGCCGAGUGCCGGCAGUCGGUGCUCUUUGGCUCUGAGCGUUUUGAGAAUCACACGGAAAGCAGGCAGCAGACACAUCAUGAGAGGGUCCCCUGGUCACCUUCCAGAACAUUCCAUGGAAUCAACAGGCUUCUUACAUCUCAGCUAGUUUCCCAUUAUGAAUCUAUAAGCCAGGGUAAAAAGGAAAUUCCAGAAUAUUUCAACUUUGCAAGUGAUGUCUUAGAUAAGUGGACACAACUGGAAAAGGAUGGAAGAAAACCAGCAAAUCCAGCUUUUUGGUGGGUCAAUGAUAAGGGAGAGGAGGUGAAGUGGAGCUUUGAGGAGUUUGGCUCUCUGUCCAAGAAGACAGCCAAUGUCCUUUCUGAGGCCUGUGGUUUGCAGAGAGGAGACAGAAUUGUAGCAAUUCUGCCUCGUGUUCCUGAGUGGUGGCUCCUGAAUGUGGCCUGCAUGCGAGCAGGAAUUGUCUUUUUUCCAGGAACAUCCCAAUUAACAGCCAAAGACAUCUUAUACCGACUCCAGGCUUCAAAGGCCAAGUGCAUUGUCACCAAUGACACGCUGGCACCUGCAGUGGAAUCUGUCCUGUCUGGCAGCAAGUUCCUGAAAAGUAAACUCAUUGUAGGCCAAGGGAGCAGGGAAGGGUGGCUGAACUUCAAAGAACUCCUUGCGGGUGCAUCUGCUGACCAUAUAUGUGUCCAGACAAGGAGUCAAGACCCAAUGAUUGUGUAUUUUACCAGCGGAACUACGGGCUUCCCAAAAAUGGUGCUGCAUUCCCAUAGUAGUUACGGCAUUGGAUUUGCAACCACUGGCAGGCGUUGGCUGGACUUGACUCCUUCAGAUGUAAUGUGGAAUACCUCUGAUACUGGCUGGGCAAAAUCAGCCUAUGGCAGUGUUUUUUCACCAUGGAUCUGUGGAGCCUGUGUCUUUAUACACAAUUUGCCACAGUUUCAACCAGAAGUUAUUGCAGAGACUCUCUCAAAAUAUCCCAUCACCACCUUCUGCACGGCUCCCACCGCCUUCCUCAUGCUGGUCCAACAUGAUGUGAGCAGGUACAAGUUCCUGAAGCUGAAGCACUGUGUAACUGGAGGGGAAGCACUGAAUCCUGAAGUGUUUUCCCAGUGGAAAACCCAGACAGGGCUGGAUAUCCAUGAAGGUUAUGGCCAGUCUGAAACAGUGGCAAUCUGUGCCAAUAUGAAAGGAAUGAAAAUUAAACCUGGCUCUUUGGGAAAAGCUGCUCCCCCUUAUGAUGUGCAGGUAUGA